UCUACACUCCUCUCGAGUCUCCCCGGAUCUUUCCCCUUCUCCACGUCUUCCUCCUUCAUAUAAACCCCCAAGCCCCUCCUUUUCAAAACCCAGAAAAAAGCAGAUAACAAAACUCCAUAACUCUUCCUACAAUACCUGCAAUUCCUGCAAUGGCGUCCUCUAUUGCUAUCAGAAGGCUCACCGCCCCAACCCUCUUCGCCAGGCUCGUCAACCCAAGCCGCUCCGCUUCCAUGGCUCCCUCUCUUUCACGCUCUUUCAACACCAACGCCCAGCUCUCCGGCUUCGACGAGGACGAACGGUCCGUAGAUGUCGACCGCCGCUCCGACCGCUCCAUCGCUAACCGCCGUGGCCCCGGCUUCUUCUCUGAUGUGUUGGACCCAUUUUCUCGGACGAGGAGCCUGAGCCAAGUUCUGAACCUCAUGGACCAGUUCAUGGAGAACCCAUUUGUGGCAGCGUCACAAGGAUUGGGAGCCGGGUCGAUGCGAGGGUGGGAUGUGAAGGAGGACGAAAACGCUCUGUACAUUCGAAUGGACAUGCCCGGGGUGGGGAAAGAAAACGUGAAGGUGGGGGUGGAGCAGAGCACUCUGAUUAUUAAAGGUGAGGGGGAGAAAGAAGCGGAGGAGGGCGAGGAAGGAAUGAGAAGGUACUCAAGCAGGCUCGAUUUGCCUCCGAAUCUGUACAAGCUGGACGCGGUGAGGGCGGAGAUGAAGAAUGGGGUUCUGAAGGUGGUGGUGCCGAAGGUGAAGGAGGAGGAGAGGAAGGAUAUCUUCCAAGUGAAGGUUGAGUGAGUAAUGCUGUGAUGGUAGAGUGCUUGUGCUCUGUUUUUAAUGCUGUAAUGGGAGAGUGCUUGUGCUCUGUUUUGAGUCUUUUUGUGUUUUUUUUUUUUUUUUUUAAUGUUUUUUUUGGUCGGUUGUAACUUGGUCUAAGUGGGUAAAAUGUCAUUUUGGUGAAUAAAUAGGAGUCUUGUGAAGUUUUGUAAUUGACCCUUUAUAUGGCUCAAUUAUCAAUUAGCUGAUACUUAAGCAGAUGAUUUGAAAAAAAAG